AAGUUUGUCACUGCUUUCAGAAAUUAAAGCACUGAACCGUGGCUUCAUUCCGUCGAUAAACAACGAGAAUCUACGUGGAGUUUGUUUUCUGAUAAGUUAUAAUAUGUUUCUUUCAAUGUAGAACAAGUCUGUAAUUAAAAAAAAAGUACGACGUUGUAUAGAUAUGUGUUAGCUAUAAUGGUUUAGUCCAACUUUACCGUAUUGUGUGAAAUAAUAUGCUAACACUGUAGCGAGGGAACUGUAACGAGGGGCUAAUGUCGGUCAAAACAAAUAAAGGCAAAGACAGCAGCGAAGUGGUUAGAAACUACCACAAGCAGGCGUUUGAGUAUAUAUCCAAGGCAUUGAGAAUCGACGAAGAUGACACAGGGGAGAAGGAGGAGGCUCUCCAAUGGUACAAGAGAGGGAUUGUUGAACUCGAAAGCGGCAUCGCAGUGAAGAUCACGGGACAAGAGGCCACACUUGCAUCCAGAGACAGGCCUCAGACCCAGAAUGCUUCAAAUAAUACUGUGCACCAAACAAAACCUCCUCUUAAAAGUCAGCCUGCGGUUCAAGGGGUGUCGAAAAACAUCAGGCCCUCCACAGCAGGCAAACCACCUUGCAGAACUCCUAAUUUAAAGGUAACCCCACGUGUGGGGAGAGUUCAAAAACCGCCUCAGAAAAGGGAUCUAAAAAAUUUCAAGAAUGUGGACAGCGGAUUUGCGAACAUGAUCCUGAAUGAAAUAGUUGACACUGGCGUGUCUGUUACAUUUAACGAUAUUGCGGGCCAGGAUCUGGCCAAGCAAGCGCUUCAGGAGAUUGUCAUCCUUCCUGCCUUAAGACCGGAGCUCUUCACUGGUUUGAGAGCUCCAGCACGAGGCUUGCUUUUAUUUGGUCCACCUGGAAAUGGGAAAACCAUGCUGGCCAAAGCGGUAGCAGCAGAGUCCAACGCCACUUUCUUCAACAUCAGUGCUGCCAGUUUGACGUCUAAAUACGUGGGAGAGAGUGAGAAGCUUGUCCGAGCAUUAUUUGCAGCUGCCAGAGAAUUACAGCCCUCUGUCAUCUUUAUUGAUGAAGUUGACAGUUUGCUGUGUGAAAGAAGGGAAGGAGAGCAGGAGUUUUCGCGUCGUUUAAAAACAGAGUUCCUCAUUGAGUUUGACGGGGUGCAGUCUGGAAGAGAUGACAAGGUGCUUGUCAUGGGGGCCACCAACAGACCUCAGGAGCUUGAUGAAGCGGUACUAAGGCGCUUUGUCAAAAGAGUCUAUGUGGCAUUGCCUGAUGAGAAGACAAGGGCCACACUUCUGGAACAUCUUUUAGCAAAGCAUGGGAGUCCACUUAGCAGAAAUGAGUUGAGCUGUCUUGCAAAAGCAACUGCAGGAUAUUCGGGAAGUGAUCUGACAUCACUAGCUAAAGAUGCUGCACUUGGACCAAUUAGAGAAUUGGCACCUGACCAAGUCCGGUACAUGGCUGUUAAUCAGAUGCGAAACAUCAAGAUGAAAGACUUUGAGGAUUCCCUAAAGCGCAUCAAGCCCAGCGUUAGCCCAGCAACUCUCAACAUGUACAACCAGUGGAACAAGGACUUUGGUGACACAAGUGCUUUUUGAAUGUAAUUCAGUUGUAUAGCAAAAAAAUAAAAAAUAAAUUUUACCCUCCUGUAGAGGUGCAAGACAUCCUAGAUCUUUCGACAAACCUGUUUAGGUUUCCUAUAUAAAUAUGUUUAACUUGGAAUGACUUUCGCGUGGAAGACAACUUGCUGAUGCAAUUUUUUUUAAUGAGUUUCAUUAUAUUUGAUUGAAACACUCAGCAGCACUUUUCUUCUAUAUUUAUUCUCAAGAAAUGGCCUGCAAUUUUUCAAGUAUUUUUUUUUCUUGCCACAAGAGGGCAGCACACUACAGUAAAGCCUUGAGUUAGCCCCAAUGACAGCAACUUGCAUAUGUUUGACUGUUAAAUAUGGCUCACCAAGCGCUGUGGCACAUGCAGGUGUUUGAAAAAUGUAGGAAAAACGGUAGCCAAAAGUAUGGCAGUAGAAUGAAGUUGUAAACCCGAUAAUGCUUUGCUUUAGUUAGUUCAGUGUUUCAAUUAACUGGAUGAAAUCGCACAUUUUAAAUGAUUUUGUAUGUAUAAAUCUGUGUUUCAGUAUUGCAGAAACGGGCAGCUGCAUAUGUUUUGUAGCUGCUCUAUCUGUGGUUUGUAUCUGCAUCUGGAAUCAACAGAUUUUUACAAGCGGUUGCAGAUGUAUGGAAUGCCGUGGAAACUCUUAAAAUAAAUAUCCUCUUCUCCAGUGUUGACCAUUACAAUUAAGGAUGACGUGUGUGUGUACGUGUGUUUGUACGUGCGUGUGUGUUCAUGCACCUACAUAUAUGUGUGAGUAUUUUGUAGAAGAGAUCACAGCAGCGAUAAGUGAAGUUAUGCACUUCCCUGGUAGAGACCUCAUGACCAGCCAAAAGCUAAUCACCAGGCUGGCGAGAUGAAGGUGCUCAUUUGCUCGUUAACUGUUGGGGAAUAGUUUACUGGGAGGUACUAAAUGUGCGUGGUCAUAGGUCUUUAUUUUAGUGCUACUUUUCCCUGUUAAAUCUUCAGCCAAAUUAAAUGUUUUUCCCCACAGGCUCUUCCU